AUGUCUGAGCAACGAGCAAGUAAAGAAAAGCCAGAUAGAAAAUAUACAUCACUGGCAUGCGAUUUGUGUCGAAGAAAGCGUAUCAAGUGUAGCAGUGGCCGGCCUUGUUCCAACUGCAAACUCUACAGUUCCGAAUGUGUGUAUGGUCUAGACAAGCGACGGAUGUCAGAAAAUGUUCGGCGCAAAGGCAGCGUCUUGAGUGACAACAUUAAAGAUGAAGCGCCGAGUGAGCACUCGGUCAACGGAAACGAGGAUUUGGAAGCGACGCCAGUCACCACUUAUGAUGGACAACUACAAUGGCACGACCUGAAUCUACCGAGCUUUGUAGGCAAUGAUGGUCGACCGGCGGAUUUUCUGGAAACACAAGGAGAUUGGGAUCUCGCAACCACCGCUUUCGACACAAUCGAACCUGCGUCGUUCUUUUCGGAUGCUUUGUCGGGUCAUGAUAAUGGCUCUCAUCCGACGCAUCCCUACGUUGGCGGCUCUUUUACUCAGCACGCUGCCAAUCUCCACUGGCCUUCUGAGAACCAUAAUGAUCUGAUAUCAGAUAUAGCAAGUUUCAAGGUGCCCGGCGGUACGCCAGAGACAUCCUUUGGCAGUGUUAAUACCUCACCAGCAGCCAUAAAUGUCGGUGCCGAACAGGAAUCCAAAAGAAGACUCGGUAAGACCAGGUCGGCAGAUGAUGCGGCAACUGUGAACGAUGUUACUCGCCAGCUCACCAGUCGGUUGGGACGACUGCAAAUCACUGAAGGCGGCCAGGCUCGCUAUUAUGGUGCUAUGUCAAAUCUACACCUGUUGCAUACGGGCCCAGCAUCUCUCGUUCAACCCAAUAUCCGCAACGUGGUCAGCCACGGAGAAGCCGCCAUCAUACAGGCAGGCCUACAGUGGACAAGCGAUCCAGCCUACGAAAGCCACCUAAUCAAUCUUGUCUUCUGCUGGCACAACGCGUUAAUGUACGUGCUGGAUAGAGAUAUCUUUUUCAAAGAGAGGAAAAGAUUCUUAGCAGGCGAAAGCACCGACCUAUACUCACCGGCUCUAGAGAAUGCUGUAUUUGCUGUGGGCGCUGCGUACACCGAUCGUACCCACCCUGCUGUCAAUGAUGCAACUGAUGAAUUCUUCGCAUUCCGUAGCAAGACAUAUCUCGAAAUCGAGGUCGACAGUCCCACCAUCGCAACUGCACAGGCUUUACUCAUUCUUUCUUCACACGAAGCAGCGCAUGCACGGGAGUCAAGAGGUUGGAUCUAUUCUGGCAUGGCUGUGCAAAUUAUGACCGAUCUCGGGCUUCACUUAGACUUGGGCGAAGAAUAUUCUCGGUUAGAAUCUAGGGUUAACAUCGAUUCCGAAGACAUGUUGAUCCUGCGUCGGAAUCUAUUUUGGUCCAUCAACACAAUCGACACUCUCUGGAGCACACAUUGCGGACGACCAUCCUUGAUGAAGAGCCUACGACACAACGUUCAAGACCCCCUUCCUUCCCGAACAUAUCAGUGGGAGUACUAUGUCGAUCCAUAUACCAGUAUGAGGUUUCCUGCAAAGUUCGACUUCGCCGCUGCGGCGCAUGUCCAUGUCUACCUUGCUUCUCUGAUGAAAAUCCUGGCCCAAGUCUCGGAUGUUCUAUACUCUGGAGUGCCAGACGUAUCUGAUGAUAUGCGAUCAUUCGUCGCUCAGGCUGAUCAAGAUUUUCGAGAUUGGUUUUCUUCUCUGCCGGCCAAUUUACACCUGGAUGUAACCGGAUCCUCUCCUUUCCAGAUUCCGGCAAUUCUUGAGCUUCACCUAAGUUACUACGAGUGUAUCAUAUUGUUACACAGACCGUUCAUUGCACCAGAUGAUACACUUUUAUCCACAGGGGAAUCCCCACUUAGCAAAUGCGUUCAGAGUGCUGAGGAGAUAUGCAACAUUCUUGUGCUUUUUCGCAAGAUGUAUGGCCUGAGACGACCUCACCACCAUAUGUGCCAUAUCACAAUGACUGCUGCUUUGAUACAUAUCUUCCGCCUGUGCGUGGCAAUCGAGGAGCAGUCAGAAAGAGACAACGCACAGCGUCACUUCUUAACCUGUGUCCAAGCAUUGGCAGAGAUGUCUCAGACGUACAAAAGUGCUUCACGUGGCCUUGAUGUGGUCACUUCUUUGCGCCAGAGUUGGCAAAAUGAUCCUUUUGCCGGAGAUCGUUUCAAAAGAGCAAGGAUUGGUUGA